GUUCGACAGAACGGAGCACAGCGAGGCGGCAGCAGCACGAAGCCGCGGGCACACGGAGGACAGAGCUUGUGCCCUGCAGCCCCGCGCUCACCCAGCCGCAGCGGGGCACAGCCAGGUGAGUGCCCGCAGCCCCAGCGCUGCCCCGCUCACCGCCCAAUUUCUUCCCCUUUUCCACCCCUUCAGGAUGGACACGGGGAGGCGGUAACAUGAACCGGCACGAAACGUUUUUUGUUGUUUGUUUUCCCUCGAAGCAAAAAAAACGCAACAGGUUGGAAAGCAAAGAUAAAGGACACGGUUGGUAAUUAGAGAGGGUAGCUUCGGGCAGCGGCAGAAGGUUAGGAGGUAUUCGCUCACCAAGCAGGCCUCAACGCUUUGCUCAGCUCGGGGUGAGUAAUGGACCGUGUGUCUCCUUAAGCCUUACCUUGCUUUAAAGCAACUUCUGGUUAACCGAGGUGCUGCAAGGCGGCCUGAGGGAUGCUCAGCUGGGCAGCGAGUCCUGCACGCUGCAGGUGGGAGCGGGGCCCCCGGGGGUGAGUGAGCACCGAGCAGCACAGCCGAGGCCUGGCAGCACCGUGCACGUAGGCCACUCCGAGCAGUCAGAAAACCAAAUUGGAAAGUGCUUUUAUCACAUCCCGAAGGGUUCCGAGCAGGUUUGCCUGCAGAAAGGUGUUUUGUCCUAUGCUAUGGAGCUCGACUCUGGCCUCAGGCGCUCACUGCACAAGGACUGUGCAAUGCACAAUGCUCAGUGCAGAGCUGCUCGCCUGACCAUGCCUUCAGGACAAAGGGAAGCACGGAGGGGAAAGGCCAUGGAUGAGCACAACAGUGUCAUUAUGGUAUGGAUAAUUACGCAUGGAUAUAACCUGCUCAGCCUCUUGUAGCCCCAGACCCCCUUCUGCUGGAAGUGCAUCGCAGUAAGAACCACCCAAAAAGUGGAACACUGCUGGGAUCGCUCAGUAAGCAUCAGCUAAAAUUAGAGAUGGAUGCUUCAGAAGCUGUUGGAAGCUUCACAGAAUGGGACACUCAGACAAACACAGAGCACAGGGAGUGCCACCCAUCCCUCGGAAGCACCGGAUCACCCAGCCCCACGCCCAGCUCCAUGCUGCAGCAGUGCUGUGGUUUGCAGGCGCUUCCUCUGCCCCACACAGGAACAGCGUGCUGGCUGGUGGCAGGGCCAGACCAAAGGGGCAGGCUCAGUGCAGACUAACAAGGAAAUAACAUGGAAAUGUUAUAUACGUAAAUGGGUUUUUACUUGCUCACAUUUUUUCCCCCAUUAGACUCGAUGACUUCCUAAUUGCUUGAGACAGAAUGAGACCAACGAAGUUUUGUUGGCGGUGGUGGUGUUUUUGACAAAGAAACUCGCCCUGCAGACGUGCACGGUGCAAUAGUGCAGGUGCCCACCUGGUUCAGGCCACAGGACACCCCCAAAAGACAAAGCGGAGGUGGAAUUUGUGCCUGAGGCAAAGUGGUACCAGAGCCCCUGCUCCCCGCAGCCCUGGGUCAGCACCCACCCCACCGAGCAGCAAACACAGCGUGGGAUGGUUUAUGUUGUCAGCUCACAGACAGCACGUCCCUCCACGAACACCACCACCCCUUGGUUUUGGCAGGACGCGGGGCCCCGCCAUGAUCAGCCCCCCAGAACGGGCCCGGCCGCGGCGCACGGGCGAGAGCUACGAGGAGAAGUGUGAGCGGCGGCAGGAGACGCGCGAGGCCCUGCGGCGCCGCGGCCACGCACCCAGCGCCCGGCGGCCAGGCCGUGCCGAGGAACAACCGCAGAGCCCACGGCAGCGCGAGUUCCUGCGCAGGCGGAACCUGGGGGGCACCGCCGGGGAGCCCGGCGCACCCGUCCUGCUCCAGCGCCCGUGGAGUCACCCCGUGUGCCCAUCCACGCUCCCCCCACUUCGGCCCAGCAGUCCUCCAGGCAUUGUGGCAGAAGCCAUCCCUGGGCCACACAUCUCCACCAACACCCGAGGAACGCAAACUCCUGCAAGCACGAGGGUGAAGGACUCGGGCCAGCAGACAGACUGCGGAAAUACAGUUUUCAGUAAGGAAAUCGUGCAGCUCUCCAGCUACCUGAAGGAGGCCCUGCACCGUGAGCUGCUGCUCAAGCAGAAGAUGGUGAUCCUGCAGGAGCUGCUCGCCACACUGCUGCACGCCUCUGAGAAAUCCUGGCAGGGUCAGCUGAAUGAAGAUAAACUCAAGUGUAAACUGAGGGCCCUGGAGAAUCAGCUGCAGGCCUGCACGCAGAGUUACUCAAAGGAGUGUGUGAAGAAGAUCCUGAUAGAGAUGGAGGACCAGAAGCAAACCUACGAGCAGAAGGCAAAGGAGGCUCUGCAGAAAAUGCUUGAGGACAAACUCCAAGCAGAGCAGCAGCUGCAAAACUCUCAGAGGUGCCUGGCAGUGACGAGGGAGGACCUUGCCCUCUGGAAGGAGCACUACACCAUGCUCAAAUCUGAGUGGGCCCAGAUGGCCAAGGCACACAGCGAGCUCAAGAGCAACCUCCACACUAUGCAAAGCCAGCUGCAGAACAUGGCUGCACAGAACGAGGAGCUCUGCCAGGCCCUGGACCUCCUGCAGAAUGAGCACGCUGAGCUCCAACAGCACGCUGACACCCUGCAGCAGGACAACCAGCUCCAAGCUAAGCACAUCCACAACAUCGAAGGUAAAUUGCAAAAAGAGCAAAAUCAGAAGCUAAUACUGGAGGCAAGAAUCAGCCACUUGCAGAACCUGAUGCAGAACCAGACCAACGAGCAGAAAACACAGGAAGCGAUGGUGCAAAGGAAAGAUCAGGUUUUCACCACGCAGACCCCACCUCUCACUCCUGCCACGGAAACGCAAAAUUCUCUGUCAGAGCAUCCCAAGGAGAAGGCAGAAGAAAGCCUGAGGGAUGAGAUGCAGAAAAGGACAUCCCAGCUUACAGCAAAGGAGAACGAGGUAUGUAUGGGCACACGAGCAGCAGAAGGGCAAAUCCCCCCUCGCCACACUGCCCACACACAGGUGAAGCACUAUGGCUGCUGUGGGAGUCCUGCUAGUGCCGGGGUGCCUGAAACCACAGGGCUCCCUCCCACUGACUCCUGCCUCUGUCUCACCCAGUGCCAGGAGCUGCGUGCGGAACUGGAGGCGCUGAGCGAGGAGUACCGCUGCUGCCUGAGCUCCCUGCGCCAGUGCCGCCAGGAGCUCAACCAGAGCCAGAUGGUGAAGAGACAACGCAGUAACUGGCUCCCUCUUCUGCUGGCAGUGAUAGCAGUGGCCACAGCUGCUGUGCUAGCCAACUACAGACAGUGAGCAGCUCCUCAGUGACCUCCAUGCAGAACUGACUCCUGACCUGCUGGCAGCAACCUGCCCUCACUGCAGUGCACCUCCUGCCACUCCUUGCCUGCUUCAUACCCCGAGCUGGUCUCAGCCAGACAAACUGACAUGGCUCCAAUAAACAAGGGGAGAUCACCCUUCUCUUCCCUGUGUUGGUCUUCAA